AUGACGUACCUUAUCCAGCCAGAAGGUAAACACCUAGCUGGCGAAUCCGUGAAGAUAACCAUCACCUUUCUCUCGCCAAUUACUCCGACCUCAACCCUGCGCCAAUCUAUUCCCGCCGGUUAUGUCACCAUUCGCGUGGAGGGAAAUAUGAAUGUCAACAUAUACAUGGACAUGAACGGUGAAUGGGUCACCGGAGACCGUGGAAGCUCGCUUAUCUGGAAGAUGGAUAACAUUGUUGACACUGGGAAAGGGGAAUCACUUUACCAGUGGCAGGUCAGCAGAAAGACAGAACAGCUCUUCACCGAGUUCCAGGACCGAGCAGAAUGGGGAAUGCUACACUUCCUCGCUCCCCAGGUAGAGUCUCCUUCAAACUACUUGGAAAUCUGCAUACUAACUAUAUAA